GCGGAAGUGGGUGAGGGUCGGCGCGGCGCCAUUGUUGCCGUUGCGGCCGAGGUGUUUAGGGGGCGUGUCCCGCUCGUGGCAGACGAACACGGCUGCUACUCUGAAAUCUAAAGGUGAAAGGCUCCCUGUCUAUUGCCAAUUUUCUGAGGCAUCCAGUCUUCCUAGAGUACUGAGUUUACUGUGAACAGAACAGAUACCACUUCCUCUGCCUGAUGCAAGGCACAAUGGCUACAGUGACCCAGAAGCACUUCUUGGAAGGGCAGACUUACUCUGUCCCUCUGAUCCAACCUGACUUGCGCAGGGAAGAGGCUGUUCAUCAGGUUGCAGAUGCACUUCAGUAUUUGCAGAAAGUGUCUAGUGAUAUCUUCAGCAGAAUCUCCCAGCGGGUGGAGGCCAGCCGGAUGCAGCUGCAGGCAAUUGGAGAGAGAGUCUCACUGGCUCAGGCUAAGAUUGAGAAGAUAAAGGGCAGCAAGAAGGCGAUUAAGGUGUUUUCCAGUGCCAAAUACCCUGCCCCGGAGCGGCUGCAGGAGUACAGCUCCAUUUUCGCUGGUGCAGAGGAUCCAGCCACACAGAAACGGCCGAGGCACAAGAUUCAGAGCAAACACAGACCGCUGGAUGAGAAAUCCAUGCAGGAGAAGCUCAAGUACUUCCCAGUGUGUGUGAGUACAAAAGUUCACCAGGAGGAUGAUGCGGAAGAAGGUCUUGGCAGCCUCCCCAGGAACAUCAGCUCCCUUAGCUCCCUGCUGCUGUUCAACACCACCGAGAACCUGUACAAGAAGUAUGUCUUCCUGGAUCCUCUGGCAGGAGCGGUGACCAAGACCCAUGUGACUCUGGGAACAGAGACUGAGGAGAAGCUCUUUGAUGCACCCCUCUCUAUCACCAAAAGGGGACAGCUGGAUCGGCAGGUAGCUGAAAAUUACUUCUACGUACCAGAUCUGGGCCAGGUGCCUGAGAUAGAUGUGCCGUCCUACCUGCCAGACCUGCCGGGCAUCGCUGCUGAUCUCAUGUACAGCGCAGACCUGGGACCUGGCAUUGCACCCUCGGCACCCAGCAGCGCUAUCCCAGAGCUACCCACCUUCAACACUGAGUCCGUGGAGAACUUCAGGCCAGGUCUUCAGGAUUGUGUGCUAGUGCCCCCACCCCCACCUCCCCCUCCUCCCCCCCCUGUGAUGCCAACUAGUGCUCCCCCACCCCCUCCUCUGCCCCAGCCUGCCUCCCUUUCCAAGCAGCCAGCCAGCGAGGAGAGCAGCAGUGCAAUGUCUGCAGCUCCAGUCCAAGGGGCUCCAAAGGAAGUUGUGAACCCUUCAACUGGCCGGGCAACUCUCCUGGAGUCCAUCCGCCAGGCUGGCGGCAUUGGGAAGGCCAACCUCCGAAGCGUUAAGGAGAGAAAGCUGGAGAAGAAGAAGCAGAAGGAGCAAGAACAAGUGAUAACCACAGCACAGGGUGGAGACUUGAUGUCCGACCUCUUCAACAAGUUGCUCCUGAGGCGUAAAGGCAUUUCAGGCAAGGGGCCUGCAACUGCAGGAAGUGCUGAUGCUCCCAGUGCACCUGGUGGUGCCUUUGCCCGCAUGUCGGACACAAUCCCACCCCUGCCACCCCCACAACAACCCCUGGGGGACGAGGAGGAAGAUGACUGGGAAUCAUAAAUGCUAUCGGGCCGCAGGCCUGGGAUCGGUUUCCUCUUGGCCAACUGGGAACCCAGCCCUGCUGAGCUAAGCACCUCAGCAAUGGACCAGCUCUUGGAAAUAACUGUUAGUGAGAGGGCACAGAUGGACCCUGUCACUUUCUCUUAGCUCCUGCUGUUCCCACUCAUCUCUAACCACUGUUGAGUACAGUUAUGACUCUUACUUCUGCUCUGUUUACUUCCCCCUCCCCCCUAAAUAGUGCAUUUAAUUUCAAAUACUGCUGCUCACACUCACUCAAUAAAUCCUGCUGUAGCUGGAGGGCAGCUCACAGAAGAUCUGAUCAAGCACAACUGCAAGGGCAGCUCUAAGAGCCUUCUCCUCCUUAGCCAGCUGUAUGUCAGGCCUUGGCUGGAUGCUCCUGUGAUAGGAUUGAAGGUGCACAGCAGGUCUGCUGGUGGUUCCAGUGCUGCCUGGCAGCCUCCCUCAUGUGAAAUCAGCUGUAGGAAAGCCAUGGAAACUCUGCUGUUGGGUAUGAAUGGCUUCUACAGUGUAAGUCAAUAAAGGAACAAGUACCCAGCAGCUUUCUCUAGCCCA